AUGGCCACCAAGUUUUUGACCUCGUUCUUGUCCAUCGCGGCCGUUUCGCUCGCCAGCGUCCCCCAGCAAUUGGACCCGCGGGCAGACUCAAAGAUACAAUGGGGCCCAUGCAACCAGACCAUUGUCAAUACGACACUGCCCACUGAGUGUGCGGAUUUUACGGUGCCUCUUGACUACACUACGCCCAGCAGCAAGGAGACGAUCAAGCUCCAAAUCGCCAAGAUCAAGGCCAAGGUGCAGCCUGCCAAAGGCACCAUUCUGAUCAAUUUUGGAGGUCCUGGCUCCGAUGGGCGAACGAGCCUGGGCAAGCAGGGCGGCUUGUUGCAAGUUCUUAGCGGCUUCGAGUACGACCUCGCCGCCUUUGAUCCUCGUGGCACGGGCAAUACUAUACCCGAAGUUUGUUACGAGACCACGGCUGCUGUCAAGAAGUUUCUCGCCGCUGAGUCGACGUGGUACGAUGCAUCCAAUUCGACUCUGGAGCAAAUGUGGAAGCAAGCCACAACCAACGCCGAGACAUGUUACGCGGCGCACAAGAAGACCCAGCCGUUUCUUGGAACUGGCUCUGUCGCGCGAGACCUCAUCAGUGUCGUUGAUGCGCUAGGCGAAGACGGCAUGCUCCGCUACUGGGGUGAGCUUGCACCCCGACCUCAAUCACAAGUGGCGCCAAACGGUCUGCUCACCAUGCUGUUCAUCUUAGGCUUCUCAUACGGUACCACUUUGGGCGCGACAGUCGCUUCGAUGUAUCCCGAAAGAAUUGACAAGGUCAUCCUUGAUGGCGUCCAAAAUGUUCAUGAAUAUUACCAUGCGCCGGCUGACUUUGAAGAGUGGUCCGAUGCAGACAGAGUCUUCUCCGAAGUGUUCCUCAGCUGCGUCAAGGCAGGGCCUACUCUAUGCCCCAUGGCUGGAGCAAACUUGACCGGUGAGCAGCUCGAGGCUGCGGCGUGGAAGAUCGCAGAGCGGCUCAAGACCAACCCCAUUCCCGUCAACGGGAGCUCCCCGUUGACAUAUGCCGGCCUGCGCGGCUUCUUCGCCAACGCCAUCUAUGGUCCCAACUCGUGGGGAAACCUGGCAACGCUGCUGGCGCUGAUAGCCGGAAAUCGAACCCAGACGCCCGCAUUUAAUACGGUAUACGAGGACAUGACGACCGCAUUGCUCGGGACAAUCUCAACCUACCCGCCCCUGUACGGCAUUCACUGCGGGGACAGGACUGUUCGGAUCAAGAGCCUGGAUGAUUUCCGACCUAUCCAGGAGAAGCUAUCGAAGGUGACCAAGGUCAUGGACGGCACGGACACGGAUGUGAGCAUGACUUGCGGGCAGUGGAAGUCCCAGGCAGCUGGAGCAUACAAGGGCAACUUUCAGGCCAAGACGAAGAACCCGAUCCUCUUCGCUACGAACAAGUACGAUGGCCACACGCCCAUUCGGUCCGCGCAGAAUGUGAGUAGCGGAUUCGAAGGAAGUGGAAUGCUCGUGGUCAAUGGCUUCGGUCACACGACCUUGUCCCAGCCAUCGGUGUGCACGAUUGAACACACCGCGGCUUACUGGCACAACAGGACUCUACCGGCGAAGGGGCUCGUCUGUGACGUAGACGGUGCUCCAUACAGCACCUACACGUGGGCCAAUGCCACGGUGGCGUACAUUCGCAAGGCCAAUGAGUCCUCGUCCGGAGGUUCGGGAUCUCCUCCUCCCCCUCGGAGCGCCGCGUCUCAGAUGGGCCAUUCAAUCUCCAUGAUAGUCUUUGUCGUUGGCGUGGCGUUUGCGUUUAUGCUGCAGUGA